UUAAUGUUAUAGUCACCAAAUGAUGCUUAUAAAUAGAGGCCCUUCAAUUGCAUUCAACAUCACCUCAUAACAAACAAAACUACACACUGCCUUGUGUCACAAGGGAAAACAUUCAAUGGCAUCUUCUUCUACUUUGUUAGUUGUUAUGUUCUUUCUCUUUAUUGAAAACCACUUUCAUGGUGUCACUGCUAACUAUGGCGGUUGGCAGAGUGGUCAUGCCACUUUCUAUGGUGGUGGUAAUGCUGCUGCCACAAUGGGAGGUGCAUGUGGUUAUGGAAAUUUAUACAAUCAAGGAUAUGGAACUAACACAGCAGCUCUAAGCACAGCUUUGUUCAAUAAUGGUUUGAGCUGUGGAUCAUGUUAUGAAAUGAGGUGUCUUGGUGACUCAAAAUGGUGCAAACCUAACACCAUUGUUGUUACUGCCACAAACUUUUGUCCACCAAACAGUAAUGGUGGUUGGUGUAAUCCUCCUCUUCAACACUUUGAUAUGGCAGAACCAGCUUUCCUUCAAAUUGCUCAAUAUAAAGCUGGAAUUGUGCCUGUUUCAUUUAGAAGAGUGUCAUGUAUAAAAAAGGGAGGAAUAAGGUUCACAAUCAAUGGCCAUUCUUACUUCAACUUGGUUUUGAUCACCAACGUCGCGGGUGCAGGUGAUGCCUAUGCAGUGUCAAUCAAAGGGUCCAAAACUAGCUGGCAAUCCAUGUCAAGAAAUUGGGGCCAAAAUUGGCAAAGCAAUUCCUACCUCAAUGGACAAAGCCUCUCUUUUAAAGUCACCACUAGUGAUGGUAGAAUUGUGACAAGCUACAACGUGGCACCAGCUAAUUGGCAAUUUGGUCAAACCUUCCAAGGGGGUCAAUUUUAGACUUUGUAAAAUGUGGGGUAGGGUAGUGAACAAAUUUGUAGGUAUUGAUUGGAGUAAAUCUACUGUAUACUACAUUGGUAGAUGGUUUAUGACUUAGGUUCAAUUGGCAUUUAAAAAUUGGUUAAUACUUCAAUUGCGGUCAACAUUGUCCUCCAAAAAUAGGAAAGUCUUUUGAGAUAUUGAUUUAA